AAGCGAAGUGCACCAAGGAGCAGAAGAACUUUUUUGUUUUUGUGUGGCGUGAAAGACGACGAUGAACCUUCCCACAAUGCAACACUUGACUCUUGUGUGUUUGUUGUGCUGCUUCAGCUUCACGUAUGCCAGUCCUUACAGCAGGUGGGAAGAUGACAUCGUGUUCAGAAAGCUGAGAGAAGUUUCCAGUGAAGAAGAGAGUGGAUCUUCAUGGAGAGAUCAGCAGCAGCAAGUCCAGAACCUUUUCAAGAGGUUCCUCUUCCAUUAUGCCAAAGCAAAGACCUCCGAUGGCCCAGAGGAACCUCUGUCCGACUCGGUUCACCCGCUGAUGAGACUUUCACCACAACUGUCCCAGAGGAGGAAGAAGACCUUCGUGCUGCUGAAAAUCUGAGCCGGACUGCAGAGUCUGGAGGACUGAGAAGAACACAAAAGUCCGAAGCGGACGCCAAAGGUCAACUUCCCGCUCGUGUGCCGGGACAUUAAAAACAUUUGAUGAGGUUCCCGGCAGACGAGCUCGAUGCUUG